UGCGUCGUGAGACAAAGAGCAUUAACUUUUCAUUUGUGACGAGAAUUUUCAAAAUUUAUUUUAAAUUUUUAUAAAACAAAUCACAAAAUGUUAAUAAAACAUUUUUCUAUCCUACAAAUUUCCCUUCUCACGCUACUCAACGUCAACGUCAUCACUGCAACCACUGCCGAUACAACUAUUUCGAAAACUAAAGUUAAAAUGUCCGAUGAAAAUAAGAAAUUCAAAAUUUUAGUCACACAUCCCGAAGUGCCACAAGAGGGCAUCGAUUUAUUAACGCGCGACUGUGAAGUGAUUAUUUGCCAGAAUGUGCCAACAGUACGGGCGGAGAUUUUAGAGAAAUCAAAAGGUGUGGACGCAUUGCUUUGGGGUGGUCAUGACGCGCUUAACGCAGAGGCUCUCGAUGCUGCGGGCCCACAACUGAAAGCGAUCUCAACAAUGUCUGCUGGCAUCGAUUAUGUAGAUGUGGCAGAGGUGAAGCGUCGCAAGAUACCACUUGGUCACACACCUAUUGUGCUAAAUAACGCGGUGGCUGAUACAGCGGUGGGCUUAUUACUGGCAGCAGCGCGUCGUUUCCAUGAAGGUCGUUUGAAGAUUGAAACUGACAAGUGGGAAGGCGGCCAUCUCAACUGGAUGUUGGGUCAGGAUGUGCGUGACUCUGUUGUCGGUUUCUUUGGUUUUGGUGGCAUUGCGCAAACAAUUGCCAAACGUCUAUCUGGUUUCGACAUUGAUAGUGUUCUCUACACAACACGCCGCCGUGUAUCUGAAGAUAUCGAAAAAGAGUACAAUGCCAAGAAGGUAGAUUUUGACACCAUGCUGUCGCAGAGUGAUUUUGUUAUCAUUGCCUCGCCCUUGACAAAAGAAACCGCUGGUAUUUUCAAUGCCACGGCUUUCGGUAAGAUGAAGAAGACCGCUGUGCUGGUGAAUAUCGCACGUGGAGGUAUUGUGAAUCAACAAGAUUUAUAUGAAGCCUUGAAGACAAAUCAAAUAUUUGCUGCUGGUUUGGAUGUCAUGACUCCUGAACCCUUGCCCGCCAACGAUCCUCUAUUGAGUUUACCGAAUCUUGUUCUGCUGCCUCAUUUGGGCUCGGCUACGCAGCGUACUCGCGCCGAUAUGGCUGUUAUAGCAGCACAUAAUGUGUUGCGUGGACUUGCUGGUGAACCAAUGCUCUCACCAGCAUAUUAAAUUUGUAUUCACCAACUGUAAUUUUGUAUUUGUAUUUUCUCUUUUUGCAA